GAGAUCAACCAUCAAUGGCUUUGUUUCUCAUAAUACCAUCAGCUGUCCUUCUCUUGUUACUCAUCCUCCUUCCCAUUAGAAGGUUUCUGUCAAAAUCCCUCCCUUUACCGCCUGGACCACCCGGGUUACCGAUCAUUGGAAACCUGCACCAACUCGACAUCUCGGACCUCGCAGUCUACCUAUGGGGUCUGUCAAAACGGUACGGCCCGUUAAUGUCCCUUCGCCUUGGUAAUGUCCAAACUCUCGUAGUUUCUUCGGCCGAAAUGGCCAAAGAAAUCUUGAAAACCAAUGAUUUGGUCUUCUGCACAAGGCCGAUUUUAACUGGAUACAAGAGGUUAUCAUACGAUAACAAAGACAUCGUUUUGUCCCCGUAUAACGAGUAUUGGAGAGAGAUGAGAAAGAUCAGCACCCUUCAUCUGUUUUCGAUGAAACAAGUGACAUCUUUCCGUCCAGUUCGCGAACAAGAGGUGUUCGACAUGAUCGACAGGAUGAAGACUCAAAGUUCUAAGAAACAAGUAGUGAAUUUGAGUGAUGAAACUAUGGUUCUCACUAGAAUUAUUUGCAGGGUGGGUUUUGGGAAGAGACCAUCUGAAUACAAGAAUAGAAAAAAAGGGAGAGGAAUCUCUGAACUUAUGUUAGAGUUUCAAGAUUUAAUUGGUAACUUCUAUUAUAGGGAUUACUUUCCUUUAAUGGGGUGGAUUGAUAAACUCAAUGGAAGCAUUGCUAGACUUGAAAAGAUGUUCAAAGACAUGGAUGAGUUCUAUCAAGAAGUGAUUGAUGAGCAUUUGAAUCAAAAACAACCAAACAAAGAGCAAGAUGAUAUGGUUGAUAUCUUGCUUAAACUUAAGCAAGAUUAUGGAAAUGAUCUCACUUUUGAUCAUGUAAAAGGAGUAAUCAUGAAUAUCUUGUCGGCCGGGACAGAAACAAGUGCUUCGACAAUGAUCUGGGCAAUGACUUUGCUCAUUAAAAACCCUAAAUCAUUGAAGAAAGUUCAACAAGAAGUGAGAAAUGCAGUUGGAACAAAAGGAAAAGUAGAAGAAGAUGAUCUUUAUAAGCUUGACUAUCUAAAAGCGGUGAUCAAAGAGACACUUAGACUAUACCCGGUCCUACCACUUUUAAUCCCUCGUGAAGCUAGAGAUCGAUGUGUUUUAGCUGGAUACGAGAUAUCGAAGAAGACUAUGGUGUAUGUGAACGCAUGGGCGGUAGGGCGAGACCCUAAAUUCUGGGAACGACCUGAAGAGUUCGAGCCAGAGAGGUUCAUGGGUGGUAAUCUUGAGUAUAAAGGGGUUGAUUUUGAGUGGAUCCCGUUUGGGUCGGGUCGAAGAGGUUGUCCAGGGUUGUUGUUGGGAUCUACCACGGUGGAGGUGGCUCUUUCGAAUCUUAUUUAUUCGUUUGAUUUGGAAAUGCCUGAAGGGACCAAAGACAUUGACACUAUGAAAACUGAUGGGACUGUAAUUCAUAAGAAAAAUGCUCUUCAACUAGUGCCUAAAGUUCCAGUAUAAGCUGCAAGAGCUCACUAAAUUUAGUGAUGCUAUAUAUGUAAAAACCUUGGAAAUAAAGCACUCUAAAAGGAGCAUAUGUUGGAAUAAUAACCCAAAGUUAUUUAGUCGCUCAAAUAGUUUACGUUGGGUCAAGUAUGGAGUCCGAGGCUUUUUUUCCUUUUUUCUGUUAUGUUUGUUAUUUACUAUCUCUUUGAUGUAUUGUAAUCCGCUGACUAUAUAAACAGCUUUGGUCUAUUGAAUAAA